AUGGGGUGGUGGUGGGUGCCCCUGAUGCUGGUGCUGGCCCCCUGGCUCCCUGGAAACCCAGGCAUCCAGGCAGAGGGACCUGGCUUGUGGCACUGGGUGGCCCUGGCGUCCUGGCUCCCUGGGGUGCACCCCUGCCUGCUCUGCUUUGGGUCCCCCAUUCAGCGGUCACAGCUCUGCUGUGACAUUACUGGGGCCUCCCUCAAGGACCCCCAACAUCAACACUGCCUUGAGGCCCUUGUCCAGGCUGCUGUGCCACUCGCCUCUGUCACUGUGGGGUCAGGGCAGCAUGAGGCACUUCGGGAGAUCAUCAUGAAUGCCCUGCAUUUUCUGAAGAAGCAGAGGGACAUGAAGCCCUUUGAGGUGUCUCUGCAGGAAGCUGUCAACAUAAUCUGGAUGAAGCUGAGCCAGCUAGAGGAAGCUCCAGCCUGCAUCCCCCCCUGUGGGUACCAGCCAGCUGCCCGCAUCUUCCAGUGUGCUACCUGCCGCCUCAUGGACUGCCAGUUUCCCUUGGACUGCCCAGUGCAGGACAUGUGGGUCCACACGGAUGAAGCCAUCACACUGCACUGCGAUGUGCCCUUUGCCACUCCCGCCGACCUGCCCAUUACCUGGAUGUUUGCCAAGGAUCUGCGCACACAGGAUCUGGCGCUGUUUGAGGAGCUGCAGGGGAGUGCAGAGGGACCUCUCAGUCUGACCCUCCAGGACCCCACUCCAGGAACCAUCGCCUGUCGCCUGGGGGUCCUUUCUGAGCCCUUGGUCCGCAAGUACUUCUACCUCAACGUGUCAGGGGGAAGUGUGGAGGCAGAGCAGGGACUCCAGGCUCGGUUCAAGGCUGUGCUGCACUGGCCCCACAGCAGGACCCCCCUGCACCACAUGGCAUUGCUGGGGCUGGGUCUGGCACUUGGCUCCAUGGCACUCAUGCUGCUGCUGCUGUUGGGGCUGACUGAGGGUCUCAAUGAUGAGAUGGCCAGAGUGGACCCUUCCCAGAGAUUGAGGCAGUUCUCAGGCCUGGUUAUCACUUUGGAGAGGAGGCUGGCAGUGCAUCAGAGAGUGUACCAGCAUCCUCAGAGGUGA